CGUGCUUGCGCGGCAAAACGGCAACACAGGAGUUAUUUAGACAGCCAGGGUUUUAAACAUCAUUUGUACAAUGUUUAAAAUUUUGUAUACAUUGUAGAAGUGCUUCCUACGGGAUGCCGUGAUUUCAUUGCCCCGUCUAGGACCUACUGUGGUGUUUGUCUUCACAAGAGCCUGCGGUGGAAAAAAAAAAAAAAGUGAUGCUUCGAGGCUGGCAGUACCUCUGCAGACCCACCAGAUGGCGACUGUGGGAAGGAUGCCGAGCAGGACGAGAGAGGAAGAACUCCGUCAGGAGGGGUCAGGGCUUCCUGUAUGGACGACCCGUCCGGAACAAUGCGCAUGCGAGGCGGUACUUCUCUGCUGCAAAGGGUUUUUGGGGCUCGGAUGAAAAAAAAGAAAUCCGCGUUAGUAGCAGCCACCGGGUGCAUGCCCGAACGGAGACAUCUCCUGGAGGCCAAUGAAUCACAGACCUUGAGAGCCUGCGGUGGAAAAAAAAAAAAAGUGAUGCUUCGAGGCUGGCAGUACCUCUGCAGACCCACCAGAUGGCGACUGUGGGAAGGAUGCCGAGCAGGACGAGAGAGGAAGAACUCCGUCAGGAGGGGUCAGGGCUUCCUGUAUGGAGGACCCGUCCGGAACAAUGCGCAUGCGAGGAGGCCCGAACGGAGACAUCUCCUGGAGGCCAAUGAAUCACAGACCUUGAGAGCCUGCGGUGGAAAAAAAAAAAAAGUGAUGCUUCGAGGCUGGCAGUACCUCUGCAGACCCACCAGAUGGCGACUGUGGGAAGGAUGCCGAGCAGGACGAGAGAGGAAGAACUCCGUCAGGAGGGGUCAGGGCUUCCUGUAUGGACGACCCGUCCGGAACAAUGCGCAUGCGAGGAGAGCCUGCGGUGGAAAAAAAAAAAAAGUGAUGCUUCGAGGCUGGCAGUACCUCUGCAGACCCACCAGAUGGCGACUGUGGGAAGGAUGCCGAGCAGGACGAGAGAGGAAGAACUCCGUCAGGAGGGGUCAGGGCUUCCUGUAUGGACGACCCGUCCGGAACAAUGCGCAUGCGAGGAGGCCCGAACGGAGACAUCUCCUGGAGGCCAAUGAAUCACAGACCUUGACACCAGGAGCCUGCGGUGGAAAAAAAAAAAAAAGUGAUGCUUCGAGGCUGGCAGUACCUCUGCAGACCCACCAGAUGGCGACUGUGGGAAGGAUGCCGAGCAGGACGAGAGAGGAAGAACUCCAUCAGGAGGGGUCAGGGCUUCCUGUAUGGAGGAUCCGUCCGGAACAAUGCGCAUGCGAGGAGGUACUUCUCUGCUGCAAAGGGUUUUUGGGCCUCGGAUAUAAAAAAAAGAAAUCCGCGUUAGUAGCAGCCACCGGGUGCAUGCCCGAACGGAGACAUCUCCUGGAGGCCAAUGAAUCACAGACCUUGAGGCCAGGGAGACAGACUAAAUUACAUAGCCUGCGGUGGAAAAAAAAAAAAAAAGUGAUGCUUCGAGGCUGGCAGUACCUCUGCAGACCCACCAGAUGGCGACUGUGGGAAGGAUGCCGAGCAGGACGAGAGAGGAAGAACUCCGUCAGGAGGGGUCAGGGCUUCCUGUAUGGAGGAUCCGUCCGGAACAAUGCGCAUGCGAGGAGGCCCGAACGGAGACAUCUCCUGGGGGCCAAUGAAUCACAGACCUUGAGGACCUACUGUGGUGUUUGUCUUCACAAGAGCCUGCGGUGGAAAAAAAAAAAAAAAAGUGAUGCUUCGAGGCUGGCAGUACCUCUGCAGACCCACCAGAUGGCGACUGUGGGAAGGAUGCCGAGCAGGACAAGAGAGGAAAAACUCCGUCAGGAGGGGUCAGGGCUUCCUGUAUGGAGGACCCGUCCGGAACAAUGCGCAUGCGAGGAGGACCUACUGUGGUGUUUGUCUUCACUCGCGCCUGCGGUGGGAAAAAAAAAAAGCGAUGCUUCGAGUCUGGCAGUACCUCUGCAGACCCACCUGAUGGCGACUGUGGGAAGGAUGCCGAGCAGGACGAGAGAGGAAAAACUCCGUCAGGAGGGGUCAGGGCUUCCUGUAUGGAGGACCCGUCCAGAACAAUGCGCAUGCGAGGAGAGCCUGCGGUGGAAAAAAAAAAAAAAAAGUGAUGCUUCGAGGCUGGCAGUACCUCUGCAGACCCACCAGAUGGCGACUGUGGGAAGGAUGCCGAGCAGGACGAGAGAGGAAAAACUCCGUCAGGAGGGGUCAGGGCUUCCUGUAUGGACGACCCGUCCGAACAAUGCGCAUGCGAGGAG